UAAACGAUUGAUUUGUUGUGAAUGCGAUCGCACACAGUUGGCAGUUCGUUUGAAGCCACGGUCGUGCUUGGCUGUAUGCGUUUCACUUGUGUCGGUGGUCGGUCAGUGUUUUUAAAAAAUGAAUUUCUUAAUAACGAAAUUAAAAUGGACGAAAGGGACGCGGAUAACACAAUAUGUAUUUGCAAUUAUUAUUACAAUUCCGCUGCUAAGCUUCGGUAUGGUGCAAGGGUGGUUGUCGCCUAUGAUAUCAGUGCUACAGUCUGAUGAUGGACCCUCACCGAAGCCUUACACCAGUUCUGACAUCUCCUGGAUGGCCUCAGUCACUUACAUCACAGCCAUCAUCUUUGGAGCUCCAAUGGGGUAUCUAACCGAUAGAUUUGGAAGAAAACUGAUGACCCUAGUGACAACUCUGUCGUUAAUUAUCUACUGGCAGAUCAAGCUGCUAAGUCUGGAACCGUGGGCAUUGAUCUUAGCCCGUGCAGUCGCCGGUAUACCUUGCUCCUCUUGCUACAUCGUCCUCCCCAUAUAUCUGAAGGAGAUCAGCGAUAUUGACCUACGAGGGGCCUUGGGAUCUCUUCUCAUUUUAAAUAGAAACAUCGGUUACCUGAUGAGCUACAUUGGAGCAGAUGUGCUGAGCGUCAACACAAUGCUAUGGCUCGGUCUACUGGUGCCCACAGUGAUCUUCUUCAUCUUCCUCGCCAUGCCAGAGACACCUGAAUACCUGGUCAAACAAGGAAAAGUCGACGAAGCCAAAACAGUACUAGCCUGGCUCCGAGGAGUGAGCGUAGUGGACCGAGGCGUGGAACAAGACAUCGAGAGCAUCGUCAGGGUGGACAAGCAGACACAGGCUGACUCGCAGUCCGUCUGGAAGAUUAUUUGGCAAGACAAACCCACCUUCAAAGCGUUCAUCAUCACAAUAAUUAUCAAGAUCACACAACAGUUCGAUGGGUACCUCAUCGUACUGAUAUACGCUGGUUUUGUCUUCGAACGAGCUUCAGAGUCCAUCAGCCUUAAACUCAGUCCCAACAAGCAAGUUAUGCUGAUCGGAGUGGUUCAGUUAUUAGGGUCCAUCGUCGCUACUUGUAUUGUGGAGAAGACUGGUAGAAAGCUUCUACUAGUAAUAACAUCGUUCACCGUAGGACUAGGUAUGGUGGUCCUAUCAGCGUGGUUCUACAUGACCUCGUCAGGGUUCUGGCUGCCGGGCUGGUUACCGGUCCUCGCCAUGUGUCUCUGUAUCUUCGCUGAUGCUGCAGGCUUCCAGCCUAUAUCAUAUAUCAUUAUCACUGACUUGUUUACGUUCCAGCUCCGUGGCAACGUGUCAGCCUUCGCGAACGUGUGCGCUAAGCUUAGCAACUUCAUUCAAACGAAAUGGUUCACCAUUAUCUGUGAACUGAUCGGUAUACAUUGGACCUUCCUAUUCUUCUCUGCAAUCUGCUUUAUCGCUUGCUUCUACACCAUCAUCUACUUCCCCGAAACCAGAGGCAAGACCAUCGAUGAAAUCUACUCCAAACUAUCAGGUAAGGCCAAGAAAGAUGACAGCAGAAUUGAGUCUGUACCUUAAAUUUUUACCACUCAAGGUUGAAAUUCCAGUGUCACUGAUUCCAACUAUAUGAGCUAGAUCGAAACUUUACUGUCACUGUCGCACGAUAGUCAACUUUAUUUGUUUCACGUUUCAGUUGAUUUUUAUUCUAGUGACUGUUAUUAUAAUUAUUAUUUUCUUGUAAUCAAUUUUUAUGCAAUGAUUUUUGAACUUUAUUGCAAGGCAAUUAAGUUUGUAUUAUUUAAUUUUCAAUUUUAUUUUUAACUCGUUCGACUUCACAGUCCAAUGAUGGACAAAGGCUUAUAAAAGUCAUAUUAGUUGUAGUUUCUGUAUUCAUGGUAUGAAUACUAUUUAAUUUAUCGUUAGCCAAUCAGAGAAGGCCAAAGUGACGUCAUCUAUGUUGUCUUAAAAUCCACCAAUGAAAUAGGGAUGAUGGCAAAUUCCGUCUUAUGUAUAUUGUCGUCACAAUUUAUAAACAUGUUUGUGACGUCAUAUUUUAGUAAACAGUAUAAUUCCAUUGUUAUAGAAAUAAAUUCAAAAUCAAUUUAUUUCUUAAAGCUACACAUAUUAUUUGCAAUUUCUUCGCAAACAUUUUAUUUUAUUUGUUUAAUCAUCCCUGUUUUGUUUGGUUGUAUUAUAAUAAUUUAUGUUAAGAUUUUUAUAUUCAUGAUGACGUCGUAGUUACUUUCAUGCAAAUGAAUUAAAUAGUCACAUCAUAUCAAAAUUUGUUAAGUAAUUUAAUAUUAUGAGCCCAAAAAUACAAAAAAACUGUCGUAGGUUUUCCUCUUGUGAUGUUAUGUGCGAAUUUAUUUAUAGAAUGUCGAUUUUAAUUAAUUAUUUAUUAUUAUUUUAUGAAUGUAUAUAAAAUUUGCGUGAAAACGCCUUAUUAAUUUAUUAUGAUAAAGCUCUUUCAAAAACCAAGCGUUACUUAAAAAAUUUUCAAGUUAGUCUACGAGUACUGCCAAUAGAUGUCGCUACGUCUCUUGGUGGUAGUUAGAGAUGAAAAUUUAAACUCACAAUAAUUCGAGCUUAAGGUAUACUGGUUUAUACCCAAGUAUUAAGAAAUGCUUGAAUUUUGAUUGAGAUUCAAAAAUAAGUCCAAAUAGGUACUCAAACUCUAUUCUAUAUCAUCUAUAAGUCAACAAUGUAUUUUGUCUUGCUGUCUUUGUUACAGUUUUAAAACUUCAUAAUGUUGCGUACUGUUUGAGUGUUAAGACAUGAUUAAUUAUUAUACAUAUAAAUAUAAUUCUACACUCACAGCUUUGGUCACAACUAGUCCAUUGUGUAUUCUGUAUGUUAUAUUCAUCUAAUUCCCACAAACUCGAGACUAGUUCCUUUACACGCACCAAUCAGAACACUGCUUUUUAGCGCAUCGUGUUAAACAGCCACACCUGAUUGGCUCAUAACAGCUUCUUAGCAUGUCACUACUGUCCGUUUUACCAUCACGACGUUAAGUCAUACAUCUAUUCAAAUGCAUAGAUAAAUCACUCCCAGUUCAGUCGACUAUCCAUCUUAUACUAUUCUGUUACAUAGCGUAUGGCCUUUAGUUAGCAUACUACAUCUCAUCAUCAUGGUCAUCACCGAUCUAUUUCAUGGCAUAGGCCUUCUCAAGUUCCCCGAAAAUGGCAAAAUGUUCCUUUCUGCCUCAAACUUUGAGUCUUUAGUUCAGCAUCUAUUCAGGUACAUAAAAAUACUAUCAAAAAAUCCAUGUAGUAAUUAAGUCAUUGUAGAGACUGGCACCGAUCUUCCAGGACCUAUUAGUGUUGAUACUCUGCUUCUGUGCUAUAGGCUCUCUAGUGCAGCUUUUAUCGAGAAAUAUUAAAAUAAAUGCUAUUUGAACCACAUUUUUUGUGGUCGAUCGAAAGAUCCCCUUUGCAACACGACCGAUGAAAAUUCCUUGUCAUUCCCAACAUGAAGUAAAAGUAAGAUAAAAACUGUCUGCAUAUGCUCAAAGGGCAUAUCGUGAUGAAAUGUUUAUAUUCCUUGAGACUAUGAACACAACAAAUACAGUUUAUUGCAUCAGUAAGUAAUUUAUGGACAAAGUACCCAGUAGAACAUAGAAUCUACUUGUCCGGAAACAAGCCAUUGUCCAACAACAAAGGAGUUGUCAAUAUCGUCGAUAGAUGGCGUUGAUAUCAAAUUUGAUUGCCCUAUGGUUCCGUUACUGUUUUCUUUUAUUACUGGAUAUUUACUGAAGUUGUAAACUGUACUUUAAGUCUAUGUACACAUUUAUUACACGAUAAAUUCCCAAAUGAUUUAAUAAUUAUGACCUAAGUGCUGUAAUAAUUGUUUGUUUCAGUACUUAGACUAAAUAUUGUAUUAAAAUUAUUGUACUUAUUUAAUUUAUUUUAUUGAUUAUAAUCAUGUACGCCAGUUUAUUGAGCUAUUACUUAUUAAAGAGGGGUAGCUUGAUGUGCUGGUACUUGUGUCACGGGGAAUAGAAAAAUGUAGUCAUAGUUAAAGUAACUUCAAAGUUAUAUAUUCAAAAUUAUAGUACAAAUUGAUGAGGACUCGUAAGACCAAUCGUGCAAACAUGGUGUCCACAGAGAGACUAGAACAACACUAGGGAUGAUUUGGUUGAACAACUCUAUACAUUUUGUUGGCAGCGAGGUCGUACGACCAUGGUCUUCUCGUGAAAUAAGCUUCUAAAAGCUACCUAUAACUACAUUUUCUCUUACCCCAUGUAUACUUGUAUAAUUUAAUUUAUUAAGUGUAUAUUUAUGAGCCAUUGUAGAGCAUAAAUAAUUACCUAUUAGUAAUUUACUUGAUUAUUAUUAUUAUUUGUAGAAUAAUUCCAUGUAAAUAAUUUCAUGUGCCUAACUUUAGAAAGUAAUCCUAGAAGGAUAUUUAGUUCUUAAAAACGCCACUGGUGUUAUGAUUGGCGGUAGUGAGACCAUUACGUGAAAAUGGUGAUAUUUUAGUAAAUGAAUGCUUAAUUAUUGUUUUCUUUAAUGAAAUUUGUUUUAAAAUACAUUUUUUGUUUGCAAAACAAGUGCUUAUUAUUUUAUCAGAGGUGACUUAUCUGUCUGGUAUUUUAAAAUGACAAUUGACAUUUAAAAAGAAUAUGGUCCUUAUUGACAUAACACUAGUUCGAAAUCCUUUCGACAGAGGCGCUGUCCGCAAAGAGCUAUCAAGAUAAAAUGUAAAUUAACUAUUCAAUCUCUCACUAGAUGGCAUUAGUCACAUUAGUUCUAAUUUCAAUUUCGACAGGCGCACAAAGUAUUGCGUAUUAAAUGAUGCGUUUUGAAAACGUAAUUAAAAAUGUAAAUAUGUGAUAAUGAUAAGAAAUAAACAUAAUAUAAU